AUGCGGGGAAGAGAAUCAUGUGAUCAGAAAUUGUCUGAAAAGAAAGGGCAGCAUGAAAACCGAAAUAAACAGGGAAAUUCAUACAAACAUAAAGCAACUCCAGCAGAUGCUGAUGGGAAAAGGAACGAGGAUUCUGGGGGUAAUGUAUUCGUAGUAGGAUUGAUUGCAGCUGAAGGGAAUAGUUGUUGGAUAAUCGACUCCGGUGCUUCGCAGCACAUGACUACUAAUCGUGACUUAUUGGUAAAUUAUUGUGAAUUCCCUGAACCAGAACCUGUUGCUCUUGGUGAAGGUCGUUCUGUUAAUGCGUACAGAUAUGGACAAGUAGACAUCACUAUGAUACUUGGAAAUAAAGAGAAAGACCAAUGGAAAUCAAUUCUAACAAAGGUACUCUAUGUUCCAAAAUUAGCUACAAAUCUUUUUAGUGCACGUGCAGCAGCAUCUAAAGGCAAGGUGGUGCAAUUUGGCCACACCCUCUGUUGGAUUAAGGAUUCGAAGGGACAAGUUGUAGCUCGUGGUCGACUUGUUGGGAACAUGUACUGUCUUGAUUGCAAAGUUGACAAACAUGGAAACCGAGCAUCAAUUGCUAAUGAACCUUGUGCCAAACUGGAUCUGUGGCACCAAAGAAUGCCGCAUUUAAAUGCCGGUCACAUGAACAUCAUGGCUUCAAAGGAACUUAUUACAGGUACGGACAUACCCGGAACUGGCAAGUUAAGUUUUUGCGAGGCCUGUGCUGAAGGAAAGGCUCACCGAGCCCCAUUUAAGCCAGUGGGAGAAAUUAAGUCAACGAGAAAUUAA